AUGACGGUGAAAACCAGGUGUCAGCGUCGAGCCCCCUUUCUUCAUCGCAACUGGAUCAAAGGCGCCAGAGCCUUGAAGGACUCUGCAGCUAUGGGCAACAUAGUAUCUUCACCCAUCCACAAAGGAUCGCAUCAUAUUGACAAUGAUGGGGGCCCGCCACUCAAGAGGCGACGCAUCUCAUCGCCCGACUCACUGGAUGUCGACCAUCUCAUUGCCUCUCCGCACGCUUCAGAUUCGAGAUCUGCUCUACGUGUCGAGGUUCUCAAGAUUGCCCACAAGGAUUCCAAAAAGGUCAGAUCUCAUCACGCCCACGCUCCCCCCCGCGAGGUAAUUCCCACCAAAGCUAGCUGCAGGAUCACCAUCUCUGAAUUGAGUGCCGGCCGUGCCCGAGUUGUUCACUGCCAGAGUCAAGUUUGCGACUUGACAACGUUCAAAAAUCCCGUGGGUCCUCAUCGCAUCGCCCGCGUCGCCCUGCCCAAACCAUUUUACAUCCCUCAGGAAAGUAUCCUCAUCAACCGGGCGGAUGAUGACACAUUUGACCUGGCAGACUCCUACGAAAUCGUAGUCGAGCUGGAGGCUGCUCAUGACGGACAUUGGCCACCAUUGGACUCGAGUGAUUUCGGCAUUCUACCAACCUCAUCCAACCUCUCCUCGGCCCCCGGCAAGGCAUGGGUCCUGUCAAGCCGGUUUGACCAGAUUUUUGGCAGGCUAAAGAGCUCCUUGUUCCUGUCUGCAAGAUAUUCGGCAGAUGAGCCCCCAGUUCACACCGAUUAUGCCAUGGACAUUGACUUACGCUGGUCAGCUGGCUUCAAAGCCCUGAAGCGCUUGGAGAAAGGCUCAAUGCCCUGUAUCAACGCUGUGGACCCUGAUGCUGACCCCUCUGCGGAAGACUUUUUUGCUCCAUCCGUGAAUGGAGGGUUUCAUGGCAUCAACGGUCACCACGUAGAUGAGUCCUCUAUUGAGAUGGAUGAUGACGGCCUAGAUGGCCCUGACGGCGCACAAACCCCUUCAAGGUCGUUGAGAACUCGCGAAAAGAACAAAGUGUAUAACUUGAAAGUCUUGAGCGACCAAGCUCAAGGGAGGGAAAAAAAGCGUCGUUCACGGGCUAAUCACAUUGCGACAAAUGAAGGCCGUGUUAGCUAUCUUCUACCUUCUGAUCAACCGGUUUGCCUAGACUAUUACCGCUGUGUGACCUGCGGGGCCUACCACCAGACGAUGCAGCAACUGCAAAUCCAUUUACAAACCUCCCACACCGCAUACAGCUAUGUGCUCGAAACGACAAGUCAAGGACCGCAGUUUCGAGUUACUAGCCGCUGCGAGCCCAUGCUCUCUCCCUCAAAGCAGUAUCAGAUAAAGCCACCGGUCAAACCCUUCAUUCUUGAGACAUAUCUGGAUGGCGACCACUCAUGGAUUUCCUCUCGACUUGGGCCGGAUACAGUUGAUGAUGUAUUCACGUUUUCAAGAGACAAGAAUCCCUAUGACAGGCUUCCUUCCCAGUCGCCGGUAGUUACGCAACCGAGACCGGUUCAGCGGCGUCCCGGGACUCUCAGGAGCGAUAAGAUCCUUGUGCCCAACAUUAAGCAACCUCUGUUCGACCCCAUUAGCAGAGCACGAUUAAUCCCGGGCCAAGAAGUGCCAAAGCGGCCACUAGACAACACAUGGUUGAUCCAGAAGCAUCGAGAGAGCACGAGUGACUUUUCCGACGUGACUCCCGCAGAAAAGGAGUACAUAUGGGAGUGGGAUGGAUAUAUUCUUCGCCAAAGCCUCACAUCUGCCGCUUACUUUCCUCGAGCCUGGUUGGGUUUUGUUCGUGAGAAGGCAUCCUGGCUUGCUGCCGCUGACCAACGUGUGCUAGAAUUUGGCAAGCACGCCAGCUUGCUUCGAGUUCGCGAUAUGUUGGAUGACGGUAUCAUCCAGGAGGCCUUGACGUACAUCAACAACGCAAGAGAGGGGCUGCAGCCAGACGCUGGUGGCGAAAGCGGCAAUGCCCAGACCGAAGAGCCAGAUCCAAAACAGUCUCCUAAAGCGACCCAAAUCCGCAAAGGCGCAAACGGCUGCACUGUCUGUCAACUGCCGGUAUUAGGGCCGAGGAUGUUAAUCUGCUCCAACAAGGCCUGUCCUCAGAGAUUGUACCACUCAGACUGCGUGCAAGAAGCGGUCAUGUCAGUUGAAAAGAAGGAAGUUUGGCGUUGUAAUGCGUGCUGCGCCGGCAGAUCAACCUAG